UCAUCAUCAUCAUCAUCCUCCGCAGCAGGAGCAGAGCAGCAACAGGAGCAGCGUGCUGUGAGUGUUUGUGUUUGUCUGUCAGAUCUUCGUGCAAUGCGCUCCAAGACGGACCUCCCCGGUCCACAUUACCUCAGUGUUCUGGAGACUAACCUGUGCGUCGGAGGAGCAUGAAAACGGGGAUUCAGCAGCUCACAGGACGAGUGAGCUGAAGGGCUGUCAGUAGGGAACCAUGUGCAGCUCGCUGAGCCCAAAGCAGCCCUGCGGUCCUGGGCUGACAGACAUGCAGCAGUACCACCAAUGGCUCUCUAGUCGACAUGAAGCCAGCCUGUUGCCCAUGAAGGAAGACCUCGCCCUGUGGCUCAGUAAUAUUCUUGGUCUGGAAAUCACCGCUGAGAGCUUCAUGGAUCGGUUAGACAAUGGUUUCCUGUUGUGCCAGCUGGCUGAGACGCUGCAGGAGAAGUUCAGGCAGAGUAAUGGAGACCUGCAUGAGCCUGGCAACAGCAAGAAGAAAAUCCCUCAUCGGAGGAUACCGUGCCGACAGAGCGCUCCCUCCGGUUCUUUCUUUGCACGGGACAACACAGCCAACUUCCUGGCCUGGUGCCGUCAAGUCGGAGUGGGUGAAACGUGUCUCUUUGAGUCUGAGGGUUUAGUUCUUCAUAAGCAGCCACGAGAGGUGUGCCUCUGUCUGUUGGAGUUGGGCCGGAUAGCAUCACGUUACAAUGUGGAGCCUCCAGGCCUUAUAAAACUGGAAAAGGAGAUUGAACAAGAAGAAAGGGCACCUCUACCUCCCCCAUCACCUGUAUCCCCAACGCAGCCGCUCCCCUCAUCCCCUUCUUCAUCCCCCUCCCCGUCUCCUUCCCCUUCCCCAACACCGACUUCAAACCCAGCGCAGACCAAAGUGACUUCAUCCAAGAAGAGCGCAGGCAAGCUCCUGGAUGACGCUGUGAGACAUAUCGCUGAUGAUCCGCCCUGCCGGUGUGCAAAUAAAUUCUGUGUGGAGAGGCAGUCGCAGGGCCGGUAUCGUGUUGGAGAGAAGAUGCUCUUUAUACGGAUGCUGCACAACAAGCAUGUGAUGGUGCGGGUCGGCGGAGGCUGGGAGACCUUCGAGAGCUAUCUGCUGAAACACGACCCCUGCCGAAUGCUCCAGAUUUCCAGAGUGGAGGGAAAGAUUUCCCCCAUCAGCACCAAGUCCCCCAACAUCAGAGACCUGGCCCCCGACAGCUACCUAGUGGUGGCGGCCCACUACCGCAGCAAGAAGUGAGGGGCCUGGUCACAAAUGGACACGGGGCAUGUUUUUUUUUUUCUACCCAACACAAAUAAUGGGGCUUUGCUUAGCAAUAUAUUUUAAACAAAAUACCAAAGAUAUGGUGAAAACCAAGAAACUGAUAAUAGGGGGAAGAUUUAUUUGGGAGGGGAGGGGGGGAAACAUAAAUCCCAGGUCCUAUAUUUAGCAUUUAUCUCCUUUUUUUUAGUUUAGGAUAUUCUCUUACUUUUAUGGGAACUAUUUUUUUUAUAAUUUUCCUGAUAUUUACAGUGUAGUGGGUUAAACAGGUACUUAGCAGGGAAGUUGUAAAUGUUCCUGAUAUUUGGUUUUCAGUCGCUAGUUGUACUUGAAACAACAGAGUAGGUUCUUUCAGAGGGCAGAGGCCUUCUGAGCAUGUCUGUAAUGCAAAAGUACACCUCGAGUAAAACCAGGCACAAGAUGGAGUUUUCAGUACCUUUGAGAAUUUUGUUUCUACUGUGUAAUCCAAUAUAAAUGUGUAAAAGUGUUUCAAGCCGACUUAAUGAAUAUGUUAGAAUAUCAACACCGUCAAAAUCCUGAAGAUAAUAGCCAAACCUGAUUUCCUUAAAUGCAUUUCUGAUUAAGCGAAUUGUAAGCAGUGCUUACACUUUAUGCAGAGCAGUUUUACAGCAUUUCCCACUUUAAUUGUAUUAUUUGAUGUCUGAAUUGUGCCACCAUCUGUGUCAACCAUCUCAUGUAGAACUGAACCUGGUUUCUGUCUCCUUUUGUUUGAUGUUACUGACCUCUAGAGGUAGAAGAGAGAGUUUAACGUGAGGACAAUCUGUGACUUCUGGUUUGGAGUCUUACAAUAACAGAAACAAUUCCUGUAUCAAAGCUGAGCUUAUUGAUAUAUGUGACUUUUUAUGGAAUAUUGUUAAAAGGUUGCUGCUUUUUCUCACUAAAAUUAAAUAUUAUAAACCAAGGUUCUGAGAAGAAAGAAACCAAUUUUUUUAAGUGAAAUUUAAAUAAAGGUUAAUUGUUUGGGA